AUGAAUGGAAUUAUUUUUGAUAUAAUGGAUUUUUUGGAUCAACACUUGAAAGCUAUGGGAUUACGUGGUAUUCCGUUCUAUGCAGUAUCGCCCAUAGCGGAAGAAUCACUAAAAUAUUCUAAUAUAUGUGGGGAAUGGAUGUGUACAGAGAGACAGCAAAAAAUGUAUCUACCGGAUAAUCCGAUGCCCCAUCAAGACAUGAUCGAACAGAUGACAUUAUAUUAUGCAUCUAGGGCUGAUAGUACACUUCAAGAAAAAUAUCAGGAGCCAUGUGUGGUCUUUGCUGGGCAUCCUUCUUUACGUAGUGGUGCUGCGAUAAAUUUUAUUAGAAAAUGGGGGAAUAAUGCGAAUAAUUCAAUAAUAUUUAUAGAAGCUAUGUCUGCCUUUGAAGGGUUACAAAUAAAGCCUACAUAUCUUCCAAUCGACAUUAGAUUAACUGUCAGUGAGGUAAUAAAUAUGCUGAGAGAAAAGAAACCUCAACACGUUUUAUUUCCUCAUAAGAUCAUUGGAGAUGCGGAUAAUAUAAAACAGAACUUAUCAAACUCAUUAAUUACUUUGUAUGAGAGUUUAGACAUUGUUAAUAUUUCAAUUAACUCACAAUUCGUUAGAACAGUUAUGACAGAGGAUCUUGCCUCAGUUAUUGAACCAGUCAAUUUUGGAAAUGAUUCGUUAAUAGCGUCCUUAGGUGGAACUUUAAGCAUAUACAAUACAAAAACGUCAUUGACAAAGGCGACAAAUUCAUUAAAUCGACAAAAAUAUAUUUUUGGAGAAUUUAAUGUUGUAAAAUUAAUUAAUGAAUUAACUGAACAAAUAUAUGGAAGUAGGAUUGAUUUCUUUCAUGAAGAUAAAAGAAAUUCAAGUUAUACAAUUAGUUUAGUAUCACCAAAGGCGACAAUUUAUUUGAACAAGGAAGAUUUUAAAAUUGUUACAAUUGAUAAUCAAACUAGGAUUAAAUUAACGGAGAUUUUGCUUGAGCAACUAGUUGUGAUAUGA